AUUUUCGAUUCCGGAUGGCAGUAAUUUUGUAUCGACAGCAACAGGUACCUUGCAUCCACUGCGUCGGAGCUUAGCAACGAACAUGUUUGUGAAUGGAGUGUCACAACAAGUCUUACUUGUUACAAAUGGAUUACGGUGCAAAUAACUGAAGUAAAAUGGGAGAUACGGUACAAGAGAUUUCAAUUAUCCAGACGCAAACAGAUGUUAAUCAAAAUCAAACAAAAACCGACGUUGAGAGGAUUACAAACGAUGGGCCUAAUCAAUCCUCGCAGCCCAAUGAGCAAGGUGGGUUGUCGCCAGGAAACACAUCAGAUGAAGUACAGUCUACUUGUGAGUCAGGAGUCGAUAAAGACGAAAACGCACAUGAACAAGUGAAUCCGCUUGCUGAAGGUCCCAGAAAUUCCCCACCCCCAGAUUAUGUUCAAGAAGCUACAAGUGCAUCACCUCCCCUACCGCCAGAUACAGAUCUGUCAUCAUCUGAAAACAGUUUUUGGCUGACAGGAAAUUAUAAGAAGAUUGUUAGGAAAGUUGAUGAUGGUGCAAAGUUUUGCGAAGAGCUAGGCCAAAUGAUGCUUGAAAGAGCAGAAAUUGAAAGCUUGUAUGCCAAGAAGCUCAAAGCUUGGAAGAAGAAAUGGUUGCAGUCAUUUUCAAAGGGGCUUGAGUAUGGAUCUGUUUUGCAGUCUGUUGUGAAUGGUUUGCAAGAAAGUGAAGAAAUGGCAGAUAUUCAUUUGGCUAUUCAAGGGAAAGUAUUUGAAGUUUCUCAACAAAUUCAAGUAUGGAAAGCUGAAAGCUAUCACAAAGGAAUCAUUGGUCUCAAGGAAACUAAGAAAGUGGAUGAAGGGUUUAUCAAAGCUCAAAAACCUUGGGCUAAGAAGUAUGAAGAUGUAAUAAAAGGGAAAAACAGCUACCAUUUAGCUUGCCAAACUCUGGACACCUUGAAGGCACAACAGGAAGAAAUUAAAGCAAACAAGGAAAGCUCAACACAAGAUCAAGUUAUGAAGAUAGAAAAUAAAGUAAAAAAAGCUGUGCAGGAUAGAGAAAAUGUUUUGGAAACUUAUAAAGAGGCUUUGAGAGAUAUUGGAAAUUAUAACCAAAAAUAUAGAGAGGAUAUGGUUUAUGAAUAUGACAAAUUUGAAACUUUGGAAAGUAAAAGGAAGGAGUUUGUGAUUGGAAAAGUUAAAGAUUACAGAGAGUGUGUUGAUGUAUCCAACUUUCAAUCAAGAAUCGAGAAGAUAUAUUCAAACAUGGCAGACUCAUUUAACUCUGCAGAUGCCUCGUCAGAUUCUGAAUGGUAUCGACGCACAUUUGGCCCGGACAUGCCAUUUAUCACACUGUCUUUUGUUGAAUACGACCCUGAAGCAAGAGAAAAAGAAAAACUGCAGAAUCCAGAAGCCAGCCCUGCGUCAGGGCCAAAGAAAAGUAGCAAGGUAUGUGUUGCUUUAUAGCCACUGUAAACCUGUGAAUUUGUUCAAAGAUUUGGGGUCUAUUGUUGUUAAUUAUUUGUAUCCACGUUAACGAUACUGAUUAUUUCAAUGUCAAAGGCAUCAAGUAUGUUUCAGGAAGUUCAUUUCCCUAGUGAUGGUCCAAAGUAUUGAAAAGCUUUCCUGGCUAAAGGCUAAACUUUCCCCCAAAAUACCAUUUUGCAAAAAAAUCCGAGCUGUUGGAAAACCUUUUUGUGAAAUUUAUACAUAAUGCUGAGAAAAUAUUUCUAAGCAUUGAAUAUGUUAAAAAUUCUUAAGAAAAUAAGUUCUUCAAAUUCUAUUUAUUUUAACUUUAAUUUAGGAGUGGUAUUUAUUAACUUUUAAGUGUGAAGGAAGCUUUUUGUUUAUAUUUCUAUUGGAAAUUGCACCCUGUUGUAUAUAUGUAAUAAGAUAAUAAGAUUUUAAAAGCAUUGCUAUGGUUAUAUUACUGCAGUAUCAUAAUUAAACUAUUAUAAGCUGAUAUUAUCAUUAUAUAAUUUUUUUUAAAUCCGUUGAUACUUUUUACCUGUAACGUU